UUUAGCGGUUGGCUUUGUUUAUUCGAAGAAGUGAACUCCGCUGUUGUAGUGAAACCUACGAGUCGAACACAUCGCCGCUGUUCGUAGUGGUCUUCAGACAAAAUUGGACCAACGCAGAAGACAGACAGAAGGUUUUGACAGCCGUAUGGGACAAAACAGGUACAGACAACCAUGUCAUGAACUGAUAAUAUCUCUCCCAGAAACACUGUUUUAAUGAGCUAACCUGUCUUCAUAUGCCUUCAAUUUAAACAGAUUUAGUUCACCUUCAAAUUAUGGCUAAUCCACGCUAUAUUGAGAUAACUAGAUGAAGUAAAUUCAAAUAAAAACAGAUCAUAGGAAGUGUGGUGUCCCAUUGUAGACUGUGUCUAAUGAGGAGUGUUUAAUAGCUCAGGCGUUGUAGGGAGUUCGUCUACAAGCUAUGAUUUAGUGUUAAAGUUCACAGGGUGCCAGAAUGACUUCCUCCGUUCGCGUGAUCGUGGUGGGAGCUGGCUGUCGAGGAGAGAUCUACUCCCAGUUUGCGUCCAUCCACCCUGAACGCGUUCAGGUUGUUGGAGUAGCUGAUCCAAGGAAAUUUGCUCGCACUAAACUUCAACAGAAACACAAAAUUCUAGAUGAAAACAUAUUUGAAGACUGGCACAAUAUAGUUGAAAGAGAGAAGUUUGCAGAUGCCGUGUUAAUUUGUACUCCAGACCGCCUUCAUAAGGAACCUGCGGUGGCCUUUGCAAAGAAGGGCUACCAUAUUCUGCUGGAGAAACCAAUGGCAACGACUGCCGAAGACUGCACAGCAAUUGUGGAGACUUGCACUCAGAGUGGCGUGAUUCUAUCCGUGGGUCAUGUUCUCCGGUAUGAUCCAGUCACCCACAAGAUAAAGGAACUGAUAGAUGCCGGAGUCGUAGGUGAUGUGAUGCACAUUCAGCACCUUGAGCCGGUCGGGUUCUAUCACUUUGCUCACUCCUUUGUUCGAGGGAGCUGGAGGAACGAAGCAGAGAGCUCUUUUGCUCUCUUGGCUAAAUCGUGCCAUGACAUCGACCUAAUACAUCACUGGGCCGGACCACGCAGGUGUGUGAAAGUGUCGUCAUUUGGAUCCGUCAGCCACUUUGGAAAAGAAAACAAGCCAACAGGUGCUGGAAAUCGCUGCCUGGACUGCUCAAUAGAAGGAGACUGUCCAUACUCGGCAUCCAAAAUCUACUUGAAUAGAGUGAAACAGGGUCACACUGGCUGGCCCGUGUCAGUCAUAUGUCCGAGCUCGCUCCCAGACAUCGAGUCGGUAACUGAGGCCCUGAGGACCGGACCAUAUGGCCGCUGUGUCUACGAGUGUGACAACGACGUCUGCAGUAACCAGGUUGUUAACAUGGAGUUUGAAGGCGGUCUGACGGCAGCCUUUUCCAUGGUAGCAUUCACUGAGGAGAUAUGCAAGCGAAAAACCACAAUCUAUGGCAGCAAGGGGGAGCUGUCCUGUGACGGCCAUGAGAUACACGUGUUUGACUUUCUGACCCAAAGAUCCACAAAGCACAAGGCACACAAUGACGCCCCCCGGAACUUUGGCAUGAGUGGACAUGGUGGAGCGGACUACCACCUUAUGGCUGCCUUUAUUUCUGCUGUGGCUAACAACGAUCCGUCCCACAUCCGUUCGGGUCCCGAGGAGACACUGCUGAGCCAUUUGCUGGUGUUUGAAGCUGAGCGUUCUCGACUGGAGAGCAGGGUGGUGUACUGUGGUGACGCUGGCCGAAGAUAGACGACUGAAAAACACAUUAAAAGGAUGUGACCUUAAAAAUCAAACCCUAUAAUGAAGCUUAGCAGAAGUUCACCCAGGAAGACUCUUUACAUUCUCACACUAGUGGAAAGAAAAAAAAAAUCAAAACACUAAGUGUUAUUUUUACUACACUACUGAUUUUGUCUGUAGAUUUCUCUUAAAUUCACCAAAACAAAUGCCUCAUUUGCGUAUCCAAACAUCAACUUUCAGAAAACUUGUAAUACAAAAAAGAAUUAUCUUAAUGUAAGUAAUCAACUAUGGAGUUUUAUGGUGGUAUCAAUUAGUUCAUUUCUUUACCCUAUUCACCUGUAGUGUGCAAAAUGAAUGGAAUUUUACAAUACAUUCCUCUAAGCUAGAAUUCUCCACUUCAUUCCGAUCUAUAAUGUGAAGGAUUUAACAGAACUUAGAUGUCCUAAUGUAAGUUUCAUGUUUAUAUCUACGAGUUAAAAUGUUAACCCUAUUCAUCUGUAGUGUCUCCCUUUAAACCAAUCUACUGAACUGAGGGCCAAAUCAUGGAGUGCAAUGAAGCUGAUUGUUUAUUUUAUAUUCCUCAGGGAUUUUAAUAGUGUUUGUUUGUUUGUUAGUGUGACUGAUUGAGGUGAUUGAGGUGAGUGAGUGAGUACACCUGAUCAAUCUUUUUAAUUAUAAGUGCCAAACCAAGAACUUGAUCAUUUGUUGUUCAGCAUGUCAUAUUGUUGUCAUUUGAUUAAGUAGUGUUCAUGUAAAUUGUUCCUAUAAUUUAUAGUAAAAAGUUAUGUAAUUGAAA